AUGGCCACCGAGGUGGUCGCCGCCGCCGCCGCCGCCGCCACCGCCAACACGGCGCCCUCGGCGCAGUCGCUCCGCGCCCGCAAGCUGGAGGAGAACGGCGCCGCCCCCGCCGCCGCCGCCGUGCCCGUGCGCCGCUUCUCCGUGGGGCUGUCGGCGCCCCUCGGCUCCGAGAACCUGCUGCUGCGCGGCACGCGCCUGCGCAACACCGACUACGUCUACGGGUGCGCCGUGUACACAGGCCAGCAGACGAAGUUGGCCUUGAAUUGGCGCCUCACGAGCAACAAGUUCUCCACUAUUGAAAAGACUGUAAACAAGUUCCUCCUCUUCUUCCUUCUGCUGUUGAUGACGGAGACGGGAGCCUCGCUAGGCCUCAAGUACGCCAUUGAACUAAGCUUCGCAAGCCAAAUGAAAUGGUACCUUGGAGAUGUGUUCACCGUUUCUUCAUUAACCGUCAUAAACGAUCUCUUUUCUUUCGUCAUUCUCUACAAUUAUAUUAUUCCUAUAUCGUUGUAUGUGACAAUCGAGAUGCAGAAGUUCCUGGGCACGCUGUUCUUCGAGUGGGACGCGCUGCUGUACGACCCCAACACAGAGCUGUCGGCCGUGUGCAACUCGUCCGACCUGAACGAGGAGCUGGGCCAGGUGGAGGUGCUGUUCACCGACAAGACGGGCACGCUCACGGAGAACGACAUGCAGUUCCGGCGCUGCUCGGUGGGCGGCGUGGUGUACGCGGAGCAGGACGGCGUGCUGACGCGGCUGGGCGCCGACAUGGACGUGACGCGCGGCCAGCCCCUCGCCGCGCUCUCGGGGGAGCUGGAGGAGUUCUUCGUGGCGCUGGCGCUGUGCCACACGGUGCAGAUGGACGCAGCGCCGCCCAACAACAACGCGCCUGCCGCCGACUGCCUCACGUACCAGGCGUCCAGCCCCGACGAGAAGGCGCUGACGGAGGCCGCGGCGCGCGUCGGCGUCGUCUUCCUCGGCGAGGAGGGCGACUUCGCCUCCGUGCAGGUGAAGGGCGAGGUGCGGCGCUACCGGAAGCUGGACGUGCUGGAGUUCUCGUCGGACCGGAAGCGCAUGUCGGUGGUGGUGGAGGACGAGGCGGGCAACGUCGUGUUGCUGUGCAAGGGCGCCGAGACGGCCGUGCUGCCGCUGGCCGACGCGGGCCCCACGCACGAGACGCAGGCGCACGUCAACGACUUCGCCAUGCGCGGUCUGCGCGUGAUGAUGGUGGGGUCCCGCCUGCUGGAGCGCGCGGAGCUGCACGCGCUGGAGCAGCAGGUGGAGGUGGCGCGGCAGACGGUGUCGCAGCAGCGCGCGCAGCUCGUGGCGGCCGCGUACGCGCGCAUGGAGGCCGGCCUGCGCCUGCUCGGCGCCACGGCCGUCGAGGACCGCCUGCAGGACGGCGUGCAGGAGACGCUCGAGAGCCUGCGCGCCGCCGGCGUCGCGGUAUGGAUUCUAACUGGUGACAAAGAAGAGACGGCCGUGAAUAUCUCGUACUCUUGCGGCCACUUCAAGAACGGCACGGAACAGCUCUACCUGACGAAGCACAAGAAUUUUGACAACUGCGUCGCGUCGCUGGAGCGAUAUCGGUGAGCCACUUAGUCAUGGUCGUGGGCACUGACGAUAUAGCCUAGGCGCAGAUGGCGAGCGUUUCGGCCGUCUCGCUGCGACCUUCCUCAGGGAGAAAAGAUCGCAGAAUGGCGGCCGAAACGUGCAGGACGCGGGGUCUCCCGGAGAGCCAAGUAGGCACUGCCUCUGGCUACGCGUUCACCGCCCAGACACUUGUGUUGAAUUCGCGAGCGGAGUGUCUCGAGGCUGACGCGGCGUGCGCGCGUGCGUGCGCGUAUCCGUAGGCGUGAUGGGGCGCGAGGGCCGGCAGGCGGCGCGCUGCGCAGACUUCGCGUUCGCGCGCUUCCGGUUCCUGCGGCGCGUGCUGCUGGUGCACGGACACUGGUACUACGAGCGCCUCGCCACGCUCGUGCAGUACUUCUUCUACAAGAACGUCGUCUUCAUCACGCCGCAGCUCUACUUCGCCGUCUUCAGCGCCUUCUCCAUGCAGGCGCUGUACGACAGCCUGUUCCUGACGCUGUUCAACGUGUUCUUCACGUCGCUGCCCGUGCUGCUGUACGGGCUGCUGGAGCAGCGCGUGCCCGCGCGCGAGCUGUUCGCGCUGCCCGAGCGCUACAAGGAGGUGUCGUGCAACGCGCUGCUGCGCUGGACCUCCUUCGGGCGCUGGCUGCUCUUCGGUUUUUGGCACUCGUUAGUGGUGUUCUUCGUUCCGUACGUGAUGUUGCACAUAAAUCCAGUUGUCCACCAGAAUAGCCAACCUUUGGAGCUUUUGGCUUUCAGUUGUGUGGUGUUCCACAAUGUUGUGGUAGUUGUGAACCUGAAGCUACUUAUGCAAAGCCGGCACUGGACAUUUCCGUUCGUUUUCUCCAUUAUCAUCUCCGUACUAGGAUUUAUUGUGAUUGCUUUGGCUUACUCCUCAAUACUGCUGGAACCCAUCCUUGACAGCACUAUGUACAAGAUAUACAAUCAGCUUCUGGCAACUCCUUCAUUUUGGAUGGUGUCAAUUUUAACCAUAGUUGUUUGUUUGGUCCCAGAUUUGACGUAUUCUGUGUUACACAAACAUAUACGACUCAAAAAAAUGAGGAAACUAUUUGGCAAGUUCUCCUGUAGAAAUCGUGGCCAUCUAUCAAUUUCCUCUGCUGCAAGCACAGUCAAUUGAUGAGCGCAAUACAGAAAGACUCUCUGAAAAUGAAGUAGCUAAUUUCUACUUUGAAGACUGCCCGAUACCAUGUAUUGAAUUUAUUGCAUACAAAGUAUGCUACACUCCGCUGUGGUCUGCUGGUUGAAUUUUCUCAGGUCACAUUCAUUAUUUAAGGAAAUUAUUGAGAAUGUUUAUAGAAAUGAAGUGAAUGAAGAUAUGACUCUAGUCCUUUUUAGUGAGCAUGUUGUAGUGAAUGGAUUUUGUGGACCUUAAGUGAAACUGUUAACUAAUUUUCUAUGUGAUGUUCAUUCCAUAAAUAUGAUGGUUCUAUGAAACAUUUUAUGUAACCAGUGAGUACAAGAAAUGAUGUAACAUUUUCUAGUAUUUUGUCAGAAGGAAAAUAUCUAAGUUGGAUAUUUUUCACUAUCCUAUUACAAUCCCAAAGGUAUUGUGAAUGUCAGUGAUGUUGUGUACAUAAAAUAUAUUAUAUAUUGUAUCAUUUGUAUGAACAAAUUUUAAAGAACAAAUGUUUUUAAUUUUUAUUGCGUCUACAAUAUUUAAAUUUUGUACUGAAACUUUUGAAUGUUUCCUAUUUAGUGCCUGGGUAUGUGUAUUCAUUAACACACAAAUCAUGACAGACACAUUCUUAAAUUGAGUUAUAUAUAUUUUUAAGAUCCAGUUUGUAGUGUAACUGUGAAUGAUAAUUUCUUCCUCAUUUUUAGGAAAAAUCAAUGAAUAUCAUGGAAAAUUGAAAGAGAGUCUUAUCAAGGAUAAUUUUGAUAGUUGAAUCACAGAAUUCUGAUUAUUCAGAAAACUCUUGUUUUGUUAAAAAUGUUUUUAAUGGUUCAUAUUCCAUAAUUUCUUUUUUAUCAAGGUUAUGAAAUGACCCUUCUUUUUUUUGUGUGUCUUAGUUCUUUUGUUUUUUAAAGCAUACAUUAACUAAUAGAGUCAAGAUAAAAAUGCAUUAUAACAGCGAGAAUAUAGAUAUAUUUGUACUACGUUGAAUUUGAUGACUGAAAUUUGAAACAAAGCAUACAGCUUCCUUUGAUGAAACUCUGUAACCAAACAGAGCUGACUUUGAAAACCAGUGAAUUAGGAAGAGUAGAUAAGUUUUUAAAAAUACUUUUUAAUAGAAAAAAUGUCAAAAAGAACAUUAUAAAUACAGAUAUUAUCACUUUCAAUUUUUUUUUCUUAAUGCUUUGUUUAUGACUCUCACAUAAACAUUAAGGUCAUUCCCAAGUACUACACUAGUUAAUAAACAAGUGGUGAUGCAACUGCAUAUUCUUUUUACCUUUGUUAGUAGCAGCUUCACAACAUUGUGAUACUACAUGGACAUAAAAAAGUAUUUCCAAACCACAAUUUUUUUUAUCGGCAUGGAGAUCUUUUUUUUCUUUUACACAUAUAGUAUAUUUAAUUUUUUUUGUGAACUCAAUCUGGAUUUCUUUCAUUUUUCAUCCAUAACACAAGUACAGUGUGAAUAAAAUAGUAUUCACUCCAAAUAUUCUAUCAAAGAUAUGAUACAAGGAACAUAAUAUAGAUAAAGUAAAUCAAUUGAGGAUUUCAUUCUUUUGAUCUAAACCUAGAAUUUUCUUCCUAGUCUGUCAGUCAAUUAUCAAAGGUAAUCAGUUAAGUCUUUAUUACCAAGGGUAGGAAAUUCACUAGGUGGAGAACACAGAUUGACAAACUGAUGUAUUUUGACAAAUAAUAUUUUUUUCUUAAUUUUUAUCCUUAAUUAAAAUGAUGGGAAGGGAUUCUGGAUCUCAAGAAAACGUAUGCAGAUAAUCUUCUCCCCCCUACGUCACAUACA